UUUUAAUACGCAUUUGUUUUUUUGCUUGCAGGGUGUGCCGUUAUGCACGGAAGUGUCGGCGAUCGUAGGGUCCUCGAAAGAGAGGCCCUACGAAACGUUAUCGCCCAGUGGAAUGCAAAUCGGCUGGAUUUAUUCGAACUUUCCGAACCGAACGAGGAUUUGGAAUUCCACGGUGUGAUGCGCUUUUAUUUUCAAGACUCGGGCCAAAAAGUUGCAACAAAAUGUAUACGGGUAGCAUCCGACGCUACCGUUGAAGAUGUGAUAGGAACCUUAAUAGAAAAAUUUAGACCCGAUAUGCGUAUGCUAUCAGUGCCUUCUUACGCCUUAUACGAAUUGCACGAAAACUGUUCCGAACGGCGAAUGGCCCCCGACGAAAAACCACUACUCGUUCAAUUAAAUUGGCACGUUGACGACCGGGAAGGGCGAUUCCUGCUGAAAAACAUCGACGAAAAAACGAAUAACUCCAUUGAAUCCCACGACUCGAACGCUAGUUUUAGAAGAAAAUUAUCAAAACGCGAAAAGAAGCAGCUAAAAAAGCAGGAAAAGUUACAAAGGAUGAAAAGUGAAAAUGGCCAGCGGAAGAACAAAAACGACGGGGUCGCGGAAAAAUUAUACACAGAAUUACCGGAAACGUCGUUCACGAGAUCUAUUUCGAAUCCCGAGGCGGUCAUGAGGCGGCGAAGGCAGCAGAUAUUGGAGCGGAAAUUGCAGCAGUUUCGAUCGAAAGACGGCGGUCCAGAUACAGGGGGAACAUUAAAAAUCUAUGGUGAAGCGUUAUGUCGGGACGUUCCCUACAAAACUCUACUCUUGUCAAUCAGGGAUACUGCUGGUAUUGUAGUUCGAGAAAUGCUCGAUAAGUACGGGUUACAUAAAGCAGAUCCAUCGCAAUGGUGUCUAGUUCAAGUUACCUCUUUGUCAGGAACUCCGGAUACGGAAUAUGUAUUAGAAGACGAUGAAUGCCCCUUGUCUAUACUAAUGACAUCGUCUAAUACAACGGACUUGGUGCUCGGACGCCUAGAUGUCGCCAUCGUACUAUUGGGGUACGAAAAGCAUUGCAUGUUAACUUUCUCAAUUAUAAAUUAUGCAGUACACCUUUGA